GCGAAAUACUGAAGAAAACAAUUUUUUGUUUCGCACAGACAUUAAUUGCAAAACGCACAAAAAAUUGUCAAAAUCAGAAUAAAAAUUGUUUGCAAGUAAAAGCAAAAGUGACAACAAACAAAGCCUGAACAACUGAUCAACAGAUCAACUGAUAAACUGAUCAACUGAUCAACUGAAAAGCUGAAAACAGCAGUAACUAUAGCAGCACCAACAACAACAACAACAAGCAAGCGAGCGUCCUGUGUGAAGCGAAGAGCUUCAAACCCUCAAACCCUCCCCCCGGCCGAAGAUACGCCUCCCAGAAAGAUAUCGGCAACAUGCUGGCCGAUUCGUAUUUGAUAAAAUUUGUGCUGCGCCAGCUGCAGAUGGAGCAGCAGGAUGCACAGCAUCUGUUGCUGGUUUUCCUCAGCUUUCUAACGGUAAUCAGCCUGCUGCAGUGGCUCCUGCGUCACUAUCAGGAACUGCGCAAGCUGCCCCCCGGCCCCUGGGGCCUGCCGGUCAUCGGCUAUCUGCUCUUCAUGGGCAACGAGAAGCACACACGCUUCAUGGAGCUGGCCACCAAAUACGGCUCCCUAUUCUCCACCCGCUUGGGCAGCCAGCUGACCGUCGUCAUGAGUGACUACAAAAUGAUACGCGAGUGCUUUCGGCGCGAGGAGUUCACAGGACGACCGGAUACGCCGUUCAUGCAAACCCUCAACGGAUAUGGCAUUAUCAAUAGCACCGGCAAACUGUGGAAGGAUCAGCGACGCUUUCUGCACGACAAGCUGCGCCAGUUCGGAAUGACCUACAUGGGCAGCGGCAAGCAGCAGAUGCAGAAGCGCAUUAUGACGGAGGUGCACGAGUUCAUUGGACAUUUGCAUGCGAGCGAUGGUCAACCGAUUGACUUGUCUCCGGUCAUCUCGGUGGCUGUGAGCAACGUCAUUUGCAGCCUGAUGAUGUCCACCCGUUUCAGCAUCGAUGAUCCCAAAUUUAGACGCUUCAAUUUCCUCAUUGAGGAGGGUAUGCGCCUGUUCGGUGAGAUCCAUACCGUUGACUAUAUACCGACGCUGCAAUGCUUUCCCAGCAUCUCAACGGCAAAGAAUAAGAUUGCCGAGAAUCGUGCCGAGAUGCAAAAAUUCUAUCAGGAUGUCAUUGAUGAGCACAAGCGCAGCCUGGAUCCCAGCAAUGUGCGAGAUCUCGUCGAUUACUAUCUAUGUGAAAUUGAAAAGGCCAAGGCCGAUGGCACCGAUGCCGAACUCUUCGAUGGCAAGAAUCAUGAGGAACAGGUGGUGCAGGUGAUCAUUGAUCUGUUCUCGGCGGGCAUGGAGACAAUCAAGACGACACUGUUGUGGAUCAAUGUGUUCAUGCUGCGCAAUCCGAAGGACAUGCGACGCGUUCAGGACGAACUCGAUCAGGUUGUUGGCCGUCAUCGCUUGCCCACCAUCGAGGAUCUUCAAUAUCUGCCCGUUACGGAAUCAACCAUACUCGAGUCAAUGCGCCGCUCCAGCAUUGUGCCAUUGGCCACCACACACUCGCCAACAAGAGAUGUGGAACUGAAUGGCUAUACUAUACCGGCCGGCUCGCACGUCAUUCCAUUGAUCAACGGCGUUCACAUGGACCCGACUUUGUGGGACAAGCCGGAGGAGUUUCGACCCACACGAUUCAUCGAUACGGAGGGCAAGGUGCGCAAGCCGGAAUAUUUUAUACCGUUCGGUGUGGGUCGUCGCAUGUGCCUAGGCGAUGUCCUGGCACGCAUGGAGCUCUUCCUGUUCUUUUCCUCGUUCAUGCAUUGCUUCGAUAUUGCGCUGCCCGAGGGUCAGCCACUGCCGAGCCUCAAGGGCAAUGUGGGUGCCACCAUAACGCCGGAAUCGUUCAAGGUGUGCCUCAAGCGACGUCCCCUAGUACCCACCGCCGCCGAGCCGCAUCAGGUGCGAAAUGUUGGCGCCAACUAAGCGCAACAACUGCAACAGUGCUUCAGGGUUCUGCAGAGCACGGUUUUGUUCCUAGACAAGUUUUUUUUUUUACACAUAUAUAUAUAUAUAUAUAUAUAUAAUUAAAUUUCAUGGCAAAAUACGAUUUAACAAAUUUUGCGCAUUAAGUUCUUUUUAAGUUUUAGCUGUAAGUUCAAAGCUUUUCAAGGCUAAGCAACAACAACAACAGCAACAUUAACAGCCUGUCAGCAACAG